CUAUAUUUGACAUUCGAGACCAUAUUAAGUGUAUAAUCUAUGUUCGAGACUGCCGCCAGGCGCCAUGUUUAUUUCUUUUCCGUCACUUCUUUGCCGCGAAUAAGUGUUGUGCAGUGAUAACAUAGAACACGGCGGCAGCGGCAUAGUUAUACUGAAAAUGGGCAAAAAAGUAAGAGAAUACAAGUCGGGAGACUUUAUAUUUGCUAAAGUUAAAGGAUAUCCAGCAUGGCCAGCUCGGGUACAAAGAUUGAAUGGAAAGAAAUAUUUUGUAUAUUUCUAUGGCACUGGUGAAAUUGCAAAUCUACCACCAAACAUGAUAUUCGAUUAUGCAGAAAACAAGGACAAAUUCUUAACUAAAACUGUUAAAAGGAGGGAUUUCAAUGACGGUGUGAAGCAGAUAGAACAUGAUUUUGCUAAUAAUGUACCUUUAGAACAAGUUGUUGGAUUAUCUAUUGGGGAAUCUCCAAAUCCAAAUGUUACAGCAAAUGACACAACAGCUAAUGACACUCUAGAUGAAACCAAUGCUGAUACAACAGCAGCUGAUGAAACUGUAGCUGAUGAGACAUCCAACACACUAAAUAAUGAUACUGCCGUAGAAGAUUCAGAUGAUACUGGGGCCCUUGUGAUCGAUGAAGGAAAACCAAAAGGCAGAAAAUCCAAAGCAGAAUCUGUGAAAACUCCAGCCAAACCAGUCAAAGAGCCAAAGACACCUCGAGGUAAGGCCAAAAGGGAUGAAUCAAGAGAAGAUGAUCAGGAUGAUAAGAAAGAGGAAGAGCUGGUCAGCAGGAGUGGCAGGAAGAUACGUCCAAAAAGAUACAUAGAUGAGCAGACUGAAGAUAAUGCAACGCUACCGUCUCCAGCUCCGAAGAAACGUCGCGGCGCUUCACCGCCCUUAGAAAAAGAGAAAGACAAAACCGAAAAAGAUAAAAACAUUAAGCAUUUCAAUGCCGUGCCGCAAUCCGAGUUGGAGGAUUUGAAAGAACCUUUCAAACCAGACGAUCCAGAGAAAGACAACAUUCUUAUCGCCUACCUGCCCAGCGGUCAAUAUGUCGGUAUAAAACUAUUCCAAUCUCGACCAGUCAACUUCAAGAACGAGUCUAGUAAAUUACAGUGGGAUAAGCAGGCGGCCACUAAUGCUGUUACACUUAAAUUGCAAUUAGAGAGAGGACAGAUAACAUCUCAAUCAGUGUUAGCGCAACUAGUUAUGGAUCUGAAUCUUACUGAUGAAGAAAAGGCAACUUUAGAUAAGGAACGUGAGACAGAAGAGAAAAAAUCCCGCGUGCAAUUCCUGAAGACAGAAAUGAAGUUGAUCGAAUUAGAUGCCAAGAUUAAAACUUGUUUAUGCUUAGAGAAGGCCGACACUGAACUGUGUCUUAAAUUGCUCGACGAAUUUAUGGAAUUAGAAGUGAAACCCCUAAUGCUGUUGAAACACCCGACGUGCUUAGAAACCGUUAAACGCAUGCGCGCCUACGUCGGAAACACUCCAUCGUGGGAUCUAAGUGAGAAAGAUGCUUUGGAAUUCAGUAAACAGGCUCAUCUCAUCAGGAAACAGGCAGAUACACUCUACAAGACAAUGAAGGACCUAUUCACCGUUCCAGACGGUCUAUCAUUCUGGGAGUUCUUCUCGGCUAGAGUCGUACACUUUAAAAAGAUAACGGCAAAGUUAACAUCGGAUGAGCUCCUAGAAAUGGUGCAUGAACCACUUGAAUUGUCAACACCUUCACCGCAAUCAAUGCAGUCCGCUAUCGAAGCUGCAAAUGAUGAGGAUACAUCAGUGACUGAAGCUAUCGAAGAAAACAACGUUGAAAAGAAGAAAACUACGCCCACCAAACCGAAAAAGAACAAAGAAUCAAACAAUGCUACACCAAAGACUUUGGGCAAACGACAAUCGUCUAGGAAUAAACAUGAAGAUAAAGAGAAGGAUACGGAAAAAGAGAAAGAGAAAGAAAUAGAGAAGGAGAAAGAAAAGGAAAACGACAAAGAAAAUGAAAAAGAGCCACCGAAAGAAGCAGAACAGGAAUCUGAACCUCAAGUAGAAAGUAACAAAGAAGUCGAGAGCAGUGAUAAAGACAGUGAGAAUGUAGAGCCAACUGUAGAUAGUGAAGAUAAAGAAGAUGAUCGAAUGAAAGUUGACGAACAAAACGAUAAGAGUGAACAGGUUAAUGAUAAAGUUUCAGAUAGUGAUAAGAAUUCAAAAGAAGUUAAGGAAGAUAAAGAACAAAAAGACGAUAAAGAGAAAGAAAAGGGUAAGGAGACGACAAAAGAUCAGAAGACGAAAGAAGACUCCGGCGAACCGAGAGCGAAGCGAUCAAGAGAGAGUAAGAAGACUGAGGCUCCAUCACCAAGGUCACCGGCGAAACGAAAGCCGAAAUCUUAAAAUUAUCGAUAAUAUAAACACACAUAUAUUAUUUUUAUACAAAUAAAAAACAUUCACGUUACGUGAUAAUUUAGUUGGAUAUAAUUAUUAAACAAAAAAAUGUUAUUAAGUACCAUGAAGAGCAAUCUGAACGCAAAAGUUGAAGCCACAUGUCGGCUGUUCGGUGGUUGGACUACCGUUUUCAUAUACAAUGCAUGCACUUUAACUAAUCGACUUCAGAAGCAGAUGACAUAUUGUUGUCCUAGAUGAGUGAGCGCAGGCGAUGAGUUGCGAUUCUAUUCAAAGCGAUUUACUAACACGUGACGUCUGACGAUAUGUCGUUGGUAAUGGGAAUGUAAACACCUCAUUGGACCUUCAUCGCAAAAUUUACUGGUGGUAGGACCUCUUGUGAGUCCGCACGGUAGGUACCACCGCCCCGCCUAUUUCUGCCGUGAAGCAGUAAUGCGUUUCGGUUUGAAGGUUGGGGCAGCCGUUGUAACUAUACUGAGACCUUAGAACUUAUAUAUCAAGGUGUGUGGCGCAUUUACAUUGUAGAUGUCUAUGGGUUCCAGUAACCACUUAACACCAGGUGGGCUGUGAGUUCGUUUACACACCUAGGCAAUAAAAGUAUAUAUAUAAUUGAAUAUACGCGUCAAUGUGGUUGGUACACAUGAAGGUUUUACUUCGCUUUUGUCGCUCACAAACUCCAUCGGAAUUUGUUGGACAUAAUGAGUUAACAUUUCUAUUUACUGAAAUGAAAACCCUAUAUAGAUAGUAUCUAGUAUUUAAAGAUAAACUUUGAAAGUACAAUUAUUGUAUGGAAGCAAGUAAAUUUAAAGAAAAAAAGCAGCAUCUUGUGUUCAUUAAUGUUAAUGACAUUAAAGAAAUGCAUAAUUUACAUAAUGACUAUAUUAAAUCUACUAUUUCCUAUAGUAGACAUUAUUAUGACACAAAGUUAUAUAAUAAUAUAUAGAAAGAAAGAAAAAAUCGUAUUUCAUAUUACAAGCUUUGUAUGUAUCAACAUGUUUUAAAUACUAAAGUGAAAUGCCUGCAAUUAUUAUAAUUUAUGUUAAAAUAAAAUAUAAUUUGAGAUGCAUUGAAUCUUUAACGACUUUAUGAAGCGUCAUUCAAAUUAUAGCCUAGUAUUUAAUUGAGGUGACAGAUAAAAACAAUGCAAACUCAGGACGAUGUUGGAAGUAUAAAAAAUAUACAUACAUGAUGGAUUUUAUUGUAUUUUCUCCCGCAAUAGCAAAAUGUAACAAAUUAUAUUUUAUUAUUUUUUAAUUACAACUGUUGACGCGAAACGCAAGCUUCGUAGAUUUAAAUUAAAUAUACUAAUGAGACAAAUUUUAUCAUUUUUUUUAGGUUAUAUUUUUUUUUAUUAUACUGUACUGCAUUUAUGUAACGAGAUUGUUUUUUUUUAUUAUUAUUUUAAUAUAUAUUUAUAGAUAAAACAUUCCUGUAACGAUUUCAAAUGUAAGUGGAAAUAGUUUCGUUCAAAGAUCGAUAUUCGAGUCGAUUAGUUUUAAAGGCGGCUGGGACAUAGCGGAAGCUAUAUUUUGCAUUGGCCGAAUGGGUGAAAUAUAUAUAUAUAUAUAUAUACAUACAAAAUGGUUAAAGAAAAUUUACAUAUUAACUUUUGAAAAAAAAGCAAGUUUACUACUUCUUUUUGUAAAAUUACUACGCCUUUGAAAUUAUUCCCAAAUCAACAUCAGUAAUUAUCUCCUCUGUAAAAUUCAUACAAAAAUAAAUAUUCAUAUUUUUAAGCAGUGCUCUACAGUAGAUCGUAUAGACCUUUAUCGAUUAGGUUUAGUUAGUGUUUAUAAAACUCAUUGUAAAUAUUUUAUAAUAAACUUCUUAUACCUA